GGUGGCUCAUCUUUGGAUAUGGAUGCACGACAUUAGCAUUAUAGAAGAAGCCAAUAUCACGUGGCUUGAUGCUGGUGAUGUAGAAAGAUCACAUGGCUUGAUGCUCGUUUGUAAGUACUAUUUUCAGCAUCUGUCUACUUCUGCUCUUGUGGUCAUUGUCCUUCUCUCGCAAACGCUCGACCACGCCCAGAAGGGGACGCCAUACACGAC